AACUAAAUAUCUAGGUCAGAGUUGUCACAGAUAAUAGAGUCCCCCUGGAAGAGUUUAGGAAACAGGGCUGCUCCGGACACCCUGCCAGUGUGUUUAUAUAAUGCCGCUCGGCAGGAUUUCCCCGGGCUUGAUUUAGGUGUAACAUACAGAAAGUCACACUGCAUGCAAAUUGGAAAUUGAAAAGAGCACGGGACACUUCGUGUUUGCAGGAUUGCCACAAGCUGCCCAGCCUGCGGCUGGUGCCUUGGUCCGGGAGAUCCGUACGAUGAGCGAUCGCCCUGGCUAGAGAGCCCCACCGCCAGCCCCGAGUUUGGUGCCAGGCUCCAGCAAGAUGACAAGUGUGGUGGAGGAGAGGGAGCUGCAGGAGCGGCUGAGGGAAGCGGCAGCGCUGGGGGACGCGGAGGAGGUCCAGCGGCUGGUGGAGCUUGGGGUGAACCUGAACUCCCAGAAUGACAUCAACGGCUGGACCUGCUUGCACUGGGCAUGUAAAAGGAACCACGCUCAAGUGGUGUCCUACCUGCUGCGCUCGGGGGCCGACAAGGAGAUUCUCACAAGGAAAGGGGAACGGCCCGUCCAGUUAACGUCGAAGAGGGAGAUUCGGAAGAUGCUGGGAGUGGAAGACGAUGAACUCGCAGACUUAAAGAAAGAUUCAGAUUUACCGAUCAUCCCCAAUUACCUGGCUAACCCACCUUUCCCGUAUGUUUAUAACACCAUGAGUAACAGUAUUCGAGACACCUCGGUGAAUGGAAGUGUCUCGCCCUUAGAGCCGCAGGAUAGCGACUCUUCUUCCUUACCUCGCAUGGAAACGUGCACCCGUGCAUCGUUACCGCGGGAAAACGCUGCCUCGGAGGUGGUUGGUGCUGGAGACAGGCCGUCGCUGCCCGGGGGCUGUACCGCGCCGCGGUGCCCCAAACCCGUCGGUCAGAACGGCCCGGUUUACCAGACGCCCGUGUCUUGGAGCAGAGGUUCCCCUUCUCCCGUUGGCUCAAAACCGGCCGUACCUCAGCAGCAGAACGGCUCCUGUGCCGGGCCCGUGCCCACGUUUCAGCCAGUCUUCUUCACGGGAGCUUUUCCACUUAAUAUGCAAGAACUGGUGCUUAAAGUUAGAAUACAAAACCCUAGCCUUAGAGAAAAUGACUUCAUUGAAAUUGAGCUGGACAGACAAGAACUGACCUAUAAGGAACUGCUCCGAGUGAGUUGCUGUGAGCUGGGUGUUAAACCUGAACACGUAGAGAAGAUCAGGAAAUUGCCAAAUACAGUGCUAAGAAAGGACAAAGAUGUUGCAAGGCUACAGGAUUUCCAAGAACUGGAGCUUGUUCUGACAGUAAGCGAUAAAAACUUACUUUUCAGAGUACCAACGCUUUCUGAACGGAGUGGUUAUAACAAGAAAGCAUCAGAACUGACAUACUAAUUGUUUAAAGAAGAAUAAAACAAGAUAUUUGUAUCUCUCAUUUUAAAGUUACAUAUUUGAAAUAUAUUAUCUAUAAGGGCUAAUGAUGUGAAAAAGAUCUAUUUUGUUAACCUUGAGAUAAACUAAAGAUGUUAUGCACAGUUACAGCCUGUAUUUAAUCUAAGAGUAACUAGUCUGAUAUGAAAGUAGCUUAUGCAAAGAAGGUACUGGUAGAACUAUUGAUUAAUGCAGCACUCUUUUCCUUACAAAAAGGUAAUCUUAAAAUAUUGUAGAGUUAUAGAAGCUCUCAGGGAAAGGCUUAUCUUCAACUGUUCUAAUAAUUUGUUUGCUAUAAAAUAGCAGCGGUACUCAUGCUAAAGAACCUGCCAUGAAACCCAUUUCAUAUUUGUAUUGAGUCCAUUACUAUUGACAUGUUAACCUUUCAGAUCAUGUAUUUUACAUCAUCUCUUAAUUAGAAGGAAAAAAACAGAAGGGUUUAAAUCUGUGGAAGAAGCACAAAACUGUCUAGUUUAAAUACUCCCAAGUGACUUAUUACCUGUGAUUUCUUAAUCCCUAUUUACACAUUUCCCUAUUUCUCAGGUUGAAAACAAAAAAUUACAAUAAUUAUCUAAAUCAUAAGUAUGCUCUCAACCAAAAUCAUAGGUCCCCUUUAUUGUUGUCUGUCAAUAUACAGUAUUGACAUGUGCAAUUUAAAGUACUAUUUCUAUUUGUUACUGUAUUGAAAACUCUUUUCUCCAAUGCUGCUUUAAUUUCCCCUUUUAAAGCACAAAUAUUGUAAAGUUGUCCUUUUACCCCCUACAUUCCAGAGAAAGAUACAAGCUGGAAACUUAAGUUUCCUAUGUAAAAGGAAACUAAGGUUUUCUGGGCUGAUACUAAAAUCUUGAUGUUUCUAUGCAGUGUAUUUCCUAUCCCCCCCGCCCAGUGACUUCCAUUUACCUGUGUUGCUUACUGAAAAGUCACUUUUCCUGUUCCUAUUACUUAAAAUUCAGAAUUAGACUACUUUGCUAUGAAAUCCUGGAAUAAAUAAAUUGAAAAGUAUUUAAGAUAAUAGUGAGCUGGAUUUUAUCUAACAUUUUAGGAUCUUAAUAUUUACACAGUCAUCUGCAUUUGAGGAUGUGUUCUGGUCUGGUAACAUAACUGUUUAAGUACGUGCUAUGAAUCAGAUGACUGAAGUACUAGAUAUAACAGCCAGCCAGAACAUACCAACCUGGACUGAGUUUCCCUCUGUUUCUUUAUCUUCCCCCCUUCCUCCCCUCUAGUUUCUUCAGAAACUACAGCAACCAAAGGACUUUUAUCUUCUUGUUGUCUAAUGGUAUUUACAGCCCAGGUUAGCUGUAUGUUGUACGUGGACUUGUCAAUGGGAUUUGCAGAAGUAGCACACUGAGCAGGGAGCCACCAAGACUAGCUGAGACGAGAACUGCAUCUUAAACUCUUAGCCCUCUUCUUGCGAAAAAUGAUGACUUUCUCGGACUGGCGUUGGGUAUCCACCACAGCCUCUUCUUUCCCAGAGACCACGACAGGAGAAAAGUCCCUCUCCCCCUGCAGUCAGGGCAGUCACCUGUAUUAUAGCUAACAUAAGAGGAACUGGUACCCAAGUUUACCCAUCCUCUCUCUGUCUCAUCCAGUGAAUAAUACUUUAUGCAAAGGGAAGCAGCUUCAGCAGGAGUGACUGAGCACGCAAGAGGGAGCCCUCUCCCAAACCACCUUUGAGUCUGGUGCUCCAGUGUUCACUUCCACCUGGAAGCACGGAUCCAUGCAAACACCCAGAUUUCUUAUGCAUCAAUUAACUAGACUGAAUUUCUGUCUCUUAAUGAUAAUAUUAGUAAAAACCUUUCAUCACAACCAAAAUACCCUUUGCUGAAGUGUUAGAGGGCAAAUGCAGUCCGAGUCAGUGGCAAUAUCUGUUUCUUAUACCAAACUGGUGGUGGUAUAUUAACUUCUGUAUAAUGGAAUAAUAAGAUUUCCUAUUGCCUUGUUCCUGGUAUACAGAACAGAUAUGGUUUAGGCUUCAGCUGGCUAAAUGCCAGCUUAAUCCAUGAAGGUACCAAACUGUUACGGAUUAACCAGUCAGACCUACCAGAGAAAAGCUCAGCUGUUGGGUUGAUUGACUUCAUUGUUAACUGACUGUUGUGCACAGAUGCUGAUAGCUAUCUAUGCAUUCAGACAAAUAUUUUUAUAUAUUAUGCAGUUUAUAAAGAGAAGAUGCUAUUAACCUUGCUAACUUGAAUUAAUCUGAUAAGUGUGUAAUCACUUCAUUACUGUGUAUGAUAAAUAAUUCAUUACUUGAUGCAUUGCUAUGUGAAAUGUUAGUGUCAAACGAAUGCUUGGCCACAAAUUCUUGUUUCUAUUUAAGAAGUGUCAUUUGUAAAAAUUAAUAAAUGAUUAUUUUUGUCUUCUCAAAA